CGGUACGGUAAUGAUACAGUAGUAACGGUCGCGCCAACUGUGUCAUGUGUCAUGCUGUAUCAUCUGUACUAUCUACCGAGAGUUUAAAGGGACAAAUUUAUCGAGAUAUUUGCGAACGGUUUAUACACGAUUCUGUUGGUUUUGGCAUAAAUUAUGGAAUAUGGACGUUGGUAGUUCCAAUUGUUACCCGUUGAACAACGAUAGCAAGGAAAAAGAGACGUCAUUUCAGAAAUAUCGAGAAGCCUGAAUCGCAAUAUUAUAAAAUUCCGCAAAUUUUUUAAAUUCAAUUUUUUAAAUUCGGUUUUGAACUCGUCGAACGCGCUCGAUGAUCGCUACUGUCUUCUGACACCCUCAGUCCGGUGUAAUUUUUCUCAAUAAGAAGAUUUUUCGUUGCCAGUUUAAAAUAAUGGGAAAUCCUGUGGAAAUGGUCUAUCGUCCCCAAAUUUCUUUGUUGAUUAUAUCGAGCAACGAUUGAAUUGUAAAUACGUCGAGAAAACAUGUGCAGAUGUUGCGGACUACUAUUGGGUGGAUGACAGGCUCAUCAAGGAUGGAGUCCAGCAAGAGAUCGAGGACGGUUAGUAACGCUGCUGCACAGUCCGAGAGCUCAGACUCUAUAGAGGUAGACAAUUCACGUACAGUCUUGCUAAAGAUAGCAACACUGUAUGCGGAGCGUCUUAUGAAUGAUAUCUGUCUUGUUGUGGAUGGCGUGGAAUAUCCGGCACAUCGACUCAUACUCUGUGCUUCUAGCGAUGUUUUCCAAGUGAUGCUGAUGAGCCCACAAUGGAGCGAGUCUCAGGAAAGCAGGGUAACUCUCCAAGAGACGCCACAGUGUGCACCAAUAUUUAGCGAAUUUUUGCGCUAUUUUUACACUGGCCAGAUAAGAAUUAACCAUAGCGUCGUUCUACCGAUAUUGUCCCUAGCCGAUAAGUACAACGUCAAAGAUUUGAUAUCGUUGUGCCUUGAUUACAUGCGAAAUCAUGUCGCACUGGCUGCUAUACAUGGCACUCUGGUAUCGUGGUUGCAGUACACGUUGAAUUGCGGGCAUCAUGACAUCAGCCAAGCGUGCCAAAACUUCAUCAAGUGGAAUUUCGAGCUUGUGGCCAAGACUGCGGACUUUGGAAAUUUUGAUUUAGAUAUCCUAGUGUCCUUGUUGCAUCAAAGUAGUUUAGUUGUAAAAGAUGAGAUGACGCUCUACAAGUGCCUAGAAUUUUGGCUGAAUUAUCAGGCGGGUCGUUUGCGAGCGCAGCUGUCGCCGGACGAGUUGGAGGCAACGUUGCAUCAGUUGGUGAUAGCGGUGAUGUCGCCCGUUAGAUUCCCGAUGAUGUCACCGCGACAACUGGCGGAUUUGCUGCUGUCGCCGUUAACGAAGAAGUAUAAGGAAUUCUUUGUGGAACGUAUGUCGAUUGGGAUGUCUUUUCAUUCAGGUCAAAUCAACAGAGUGAGAGAGGUCAGCAUGAGCGAAGAAGAUGGUGCGUUGCUGUUUGAACCGAGACUGUAUACCGUUGACACGUGUAGCUCGUUAUUGACCAUAGAGAACUUUCACAGUUUACCAUCUUAUCACAUGAGGACACUUGUAUUUUCUAGUCACUCCAGUUUAGCGGAAUAUGCGGGUGAUAGAGUGUGCGAGUGGGUAGUAGACAUUUAUCCCAAGGGUGUAUGGUUCAAGAAGUUUUUCCUUAUAGUCUGGCAGGGCACAGUGGAGAUGCCCGAGCACGUCAAGCGAUCAGUGAGAUUGUCGUUGACUUGCAAGGAGCCCUUAAAUAGUAACAUGCGCGUGAAAAUCGGGGUUUUGAUUUAUGGCUUGCAAGAUGGGGUUGAGCACAUUGCGAGAGUCACCGAGAUUAUUCAUAGAUUUAGUAAGAAAGAUCGCGUCUUGAAUUUGGACGAUCUUCUGCCGUUCGAGGAGCUCAAUCCACAACAGGGCUCAGUAUCGGAAAAUGUGGUAUCUCCGUUUUUAGUAGGCCCCAACAAAGACAUGCUCAAAUUACAUAUUGUUAUAUCGCCAGCGAAUUAACAUUUAUAAAGAAAAUUGCGAUAUACAAGAGUGUUAUAGAGUAGAGAUGUGCGAAGUAUUCGAAUACGCAUCGAAUCGAAUCGAAUCUCACCCGUUUUCAUUCGAUUCGAAUUUCUAUGAUUCGAAUCUGAAAUAUUCGAAAAUUUCGAAUCUAGAUGGUUCGAAUACAAAUCAUAUAUAUUGUUAAAUCUAUAAAAUUAUAUUUUUUGUUAAUAAAUAAGUGGAACCAAGUUAUAGAGUCACAAAAUUCUUAUCGAAACUGGAAGAAGAAUGUUAAUAGGUACAUUCAGUGAAUGCAUUUAGUAUUAUAAUUGCUGCAUGAGCUAAAUAGUCAAAAAGUUUAUUUCUAAAUUUUUAUAUGCUUUGUGACCCUAUCAAAUUAUAAGUAUAAAUUUGAAUUUGCGUAAAAAAUAGUAAGCUAUAAGUAUUGAUAAUAAAAUUAUUUUAUUUUAAUUUCUAUGUUUGCAAUUGGAUAAUGUUAAUGGAUACUACAUUAAAGUAUUUUAAUAAUUUAUCUAUGAUUUUUUGCCUGAUUUUAGUUACUGCGACAUUAAAUAAAAAUAAAGUAUAUUUUAUUACUUUUAUAUUAAAUAUUUAAAUAUAUUUUUUGCUUUAAAAGGAUUCACAUUAUAUCAUCAAUAUCUAUUAUUUUUUUACAUUAAAAUAUCCUAUUAUCCACGCGUUAAAAUUCAAUCUAAUAAUAAUUAUAUUGUUAAUUGAAAAUUGUAUUCCAACGAUUUGAUUCGAAUAAAAUUUUAUCGAUUUAUUUUUGAAUUCGAAAGAAGAAAUAAAAUUCGAUUCGCUUCGAUUCGAUUCGACAACAAAAAUCCUUGAUUCGCACAUCUCUAUUACACAGUUGUCGAGAAAUGAAUGUUAAAAAAUGUUCAUAUUCUACAUUUUUACCGGAAUUUUAAUAAGAACAUAUAAAUUUUGUUUCUGAGUGCUUCAUAUAUAUAUUUAUAAUGUACAAUUACAUUUGUUUCUUUUUUCUCUUUUUACGUUUAAGAAAGACGAAUAUUUUUCCAGUAUAUGUGAAACACUUAUAUAAAUAGAUGAAACUAUAAAAUAUAACGUGUAAUUAGGUAUGUUCCUGGACAUUUUAUUUUUAAAUCUCAUAUAUGAAUUGACUGACUUUAUCAGAUGUUAGGGUAUUUACAUUUAUGUGAUUCUAAUGAGGUAUAUGUAAUAUUACAUUGCAACUAUAACAUAUCAAAUGCAAUGUACUUCAAUAAAAAAAAAGGAACUUAGUAUUUAGUAAAAAAAAAAGAAAAACUUAGUCCCUGUUAUUGUGCUGUAAGUGUAAUUCUCUGAAGUCUAAACAUGUAAACUAUUCCUACAAUUUUGUGAAUUUUGUCUAACAAGAUCUAUUUGUAUGGGUGCAUGUAUUGUAUAUAAUUGAGAUACAAAUGUAAGUCGGUGAAGCUAUUAUAACAAUGCAGAAUGCGAGCUUAUUUCAUGGGUGUAAAUGUGCGUUAAUAGGCUUGUUGUUGACCGUGUUCCGCAAACCAACAUUUUCGUAUAACGAGAGUCGUCAAUGAUGACAGGACGGCAGGACUUUUUUUAAAGUAUAUCACAUAGAAUUUGCAAAUAUUCUGUACCUUCUGAAGAGAAGAAAAGAAAAAGCGUUAAGACUUGGGUUGUUUUUAAUUUUAUAGAUACAAUUUUUAGACACAGUUUAUUGUUACUAGUUAAUUAUUAUUACGAAUUUGAGAUAUUGGUUACGUCUGCGAAUUUUAUGAUUACUGCGUGUGAUUUAUCUAUCGUAUUUUAUUUUCCCCAUGAUGAAACAAAAGUUAUUAAAAUUAUUCCAAUUGCAUCUUAUUGUUAAUUCCCAUCAUUAUGUAUUCCUAAGUUAAGAAUUGAUUUUCUAUUUGUUCAUCGACAUUGUAUUCAUGUGCAGCAAAAUAAUCAGACUAAAUAAAACAUAAUAUUUAUUCUUAAAAG